AUGGCUAAGAAGGGAAAGAAGAACCAACAAAACUGGGAUGACGAUUUGGGUGAAGAUAUUCCUCAAUCUGAAGAAUUUGGAACUAGUACCAAUGAAACCACUCCAGCUCUAGAUGAAAGCGCUAACGGCAGUGUGGAACCAACUGAAGCUGAAGAAGCUGCUCCAGGUGAUUUUAUGUCUACAUUGAAAAAAUCAAAGAAGAAAUUAGAUAAGAAAUCUACUGAAGAUGAAGAAAAGGCUGCCAAUGGGGGUAAACCUGUAUUGAAAUCUAAGAAGGAAAAGGAAAAGGAGAAGAAGGAGAAGGAAAAGCAAAAGAAGAAAGAACAAGCAGCUAAAAAGAAGGCUCAGCAACAGGCUCAAAAGGAAAAAAACAAAGAACUAAAUAAGCAAAACUCCGAAAAGCUUAAAGAGGAAAAGACUCAAAAGCAGAACGGUAAUGAUAAUGCUAAGGCUGAACCAAAGAAACCGGCUAAAAAGGUGCCUGCUGGUCUAGCAGCUUUGAGAAAACAAUUAGAAUUGAAGAAACAAUUGGAAGAACAAGAACGUCUGGAAAGAGAAGAAGAAGAACGUUUAGAACAAGAAGAAGAAGAGCGUGCUGCCAAGGAAGAACAAGAAAAGGAAGCUUCUAGAGCUGAAAAGAAGGAAAAAGAGAAGGCAAAACGUGAAAAAUUAAAGGCUGAAGGGAAACUAUUAACCAAGAAGCAAAAGGAAGAAAAGAAAUUGAUGGAAAGAAGACGUGCUGCACUUUUAGCCUCUGGUAAUAUUAAAGUUGCUGGUUUAGAAAAGAAGAAUGGUGACGAAGAAAAAAAAGAAACACACAAAAAGGUCGUGUAUGGUAAAAAGAAGAAGAGAGUCACUGAUGAAGUAUCUUCUGCUGCCUCUACAUCCACAGUAAAGAAACAAGAAAAGGAGGAAGCUACUUCUGCUGAAGCUGAAGAUGUCUUAAUCGACGAUUGGGAAAAUCUAGCUCUUGAUGAAGAUGAAGAAAACGAAACCCCAGCUACCGAAUCUGAAGCUGUUGCUGAAACCGGUGAAGAAGAAAAUAACGCCACAGAUGACGAAGAGGUCGAAGAAAUCGUUAGAGAAGAGAGUACCGGCACAGUUGUUACAGAAGCUCCACCAGUCGUUUCCUCUGGUAACAAGAAGGAUCUACGUUCUCCAAUUUGUUGUAUCUUGGGUCAUGUUGAUACUGGUAAGACUAAAUUAUUAGACAAGAUUAGACAAACUAAUGUUCAAGGUGGUGAAGCUGGUGGUAUCACCCAACAAAUUGGUGCUACUUAUUUCCCAAUUGAAGCUAUUAAGCAAAAGACUAAGGUGAUGGCUCAAUAUGAAAAGCAAACCUUUGAUGUUCCGGGUUUAUUGGUCAUUGAUACUCCAGGUCACGAAUCUUUCACAAAUUUGCGUUCAAGAGGUUCCUCCUUAUGUAACAUUGCCAUUUUGGUUAUUGAUAUUAUGCAUGGUUUGGAACAACAAACAAUUGAAUCCAUCAGGUUAUUGAGAGAUAGGAAGGCUCCAUUUAUUGUUGCUUUAAACAAGAUUGAUAGAUUAUACGAUUGGAAGGAAAUUCCAAACAAUUCAUUCAGAGAUUCUUUUGAAAAGCAAUCCAGAGCUGUUAAGGAAGAAUUCCAAACUAGAUUGACCAAUAUCCAAAUUGCCUUGGCUGAACAAGGUUUGAAUUCUGAAUUAUAUUUCCAAAACAAAAACAUGGCUAAGUACGUUUCUAUUGUUCCAACUUCUGCUGUGACAGGUGAAGGUGUACCAGAUUUGUUAUGGUUAUUAUUAGAGUUGACUCAAAAGAGAAUGUCCAAGCAAUUGAUGUAUCUAUCCCAUGUUGAAGCAACUAUUCUAGAAGUUAAGGUCAUUGAGGGUUUCGGUACCACUAUUGAUGUUAUUCUAUCUAACGGUUACUUGAGAGAAGGUGAUCGUAUUGUUUUAUGUGGUAUGAAUGGUCCAAUUGUAACGAAUAUUAGAGCUCUAUUGACUCCUCAACCUUUACGUGAACUUCGUCUAAAAUCAGAAUAUGUGCAUCAUAAAGAAGUCAAGGCUGCUUUAGGUGUUAAGAUUGCCGCUAAUGACCUAGAAAAGGCUGUGUCUGGUUCAAGACUAUUAGUUGUUGGUCCAGAUGAUGAUGAAGAAGAAAUGAUGGAUGAUGUUAUGGAUGAUUUGACUGGUCUAUUGGACUCUGUUGAUACAUCUGGUAAGGGUGUUGUCGUGCAAGCUUCUACCUUAGGUUCUCUAGAAGCCUUGUUAGAUUUCUUAAAGGAUAUGAAGAUUCCUGUGAUGUCUAUUGGUUUGGGUCCAGUUUAUAAGCGUGAUGUUAUGAAGGCUGGUACCAUGUUGGAAAGAGCUCCUGAAUAUGCUGUCAUGUUAUGUUUCGAUGUGAAGGUGGACAAGGAAGCUGAACAAUAUGCUGAACAAGAAGGUAUUAAGAUUUUCAACGCUGAUAUUAUUUACCAUCUAUUCGAUGCUUUCACAGCUUACCAAGAGAAAUUAUUGGAAGACCGUCGUAAAGAUUUCAUGGAUUAUGCUAUCUUCCCAUGUGUGCUACAAACUUUGCAAAUUAUUAACAAGCGUGGUCCAAUGAUUAUUGGUGUUGACGUGAUAGAAGGUGAACUUCGUGUUGGGACGCCGAUCUGUGCUGUUAGAACGGAUCCAGCUACAAAGGAAAGAAAUAUCAUGUUGUUGGGUAAGGUUAUAUCUUUAGAAAUCAACCAUCAACCUGUAAAUUCUGUUAAGAAGGGUCAAACAGCCGCAGGUGUUGCUGUUCGUCUCGAAGAUCCAUCAGGACAACAACCGAUCUGGGGUCGUCAUGUCGAUGAAUCCGAUACUUUGUACUCAAUGAUUUCCAGAAGGUCUAUUGAUACUUUGAAGGACCAGGCCUUCAGAGACCAAGUUGCCAGAUCUGAUUGGUUAUUGAUCAAGAAGUUGAAGCCAGUCUUCGGUAUUGAAUAA